AGAUCAUAAGAAAAUGACAAAAAGUCUCUCUGGCCUCACCUAGCAUCUCCCCUACCUCUGAGACGAACCUUUGUACUGGUCUCUCGCCUCUUGCCUGUCCGACCAGCUUCAUUCUCACGGUUAAUUGAUUUUGCUGAAAAUAGAUUCUCAUACGGGUGUCAAUUCCAUAAUUGCAGUUUACAUAAGAUCACAAAGUACAGGAGGAAAGUCCCAUUUUCAAUUCAAAGAAGUAAGAACAGAAGAGACAAAUUUAAUCAUUUCCGUCAUGGCUAGACCUGUGAGCUCCACCACCAGAGCAGCUGUCGGAUCAUCGGCUGCCACAGUUACAACAACUAUUACGCUGGAGAAUCCAGAAGGGUCCACACCAUUUUCUUCUUCUUCUUCUACUACUCAGCCGCAGACUCUAACAAUCUGCCUUAACCGAAAGAAGAAGCAAGUAACUUGGAAAGAGGGGACUGUGGACAAUGAGUUUAUGCAAAAGAAAAGUUCCAAAAAGUGUUGUAUUUUCCACAAGCAGAAGCCGUUUGACGAGGACGACAGCGAUGAAGAAAAUGAAGAUCAUCACCAUGACAACAAUGACAAUAAGGGAUGCUGCUCCAAGGAUCAUGAUCAGUUGUAGUUUUCUUUGAAUUGUAUAUGUAGAAUUAUCUGAAUGAUUAAUUUUUGGGAUUUUGUUUGUAGAUACUUUGAUUUGUACCUGAAAAUAAAUUGACAAAAGAAAGAACACCAGUCAUUGCUCCA